AUGACAGUUAUUCCUGUUCUUCAUACGCCGCCGAGCGUGAAAUCUUUCCCGGAUGUCCUCCUUGCUUUGUUGGGGAUGAGCAUUGCUCUAAUCCCUAUCUACUAUGUAGGCCUCAUCGUUUAUAACAUUUACUUCCAUCCGCUGUCGCACUAUCCGGGUCCAAAGUCUAUGGCAGCAACACGGAUACCUUAUAUGCGGAUGGUUCUCAAGGGGCAGUGUCCACAGCAGACCCUUGCUCUGCAUCAGCAGUACGGAAACGUAGUUCGUAUCGCACCAAACGAACUUUCCUUUGCAGAUGGUGAUGCCUGGAAACCAAUCUAUGGUACUCGUGUCGGCCAUGGUCAGAAGCGAAAGGAUACUCGCUUCUAUCCCCCAACCGCUGGAGGUGCUCCUAGUAUCAUUCAAUCCAACGAUGCAGACCAUUCACGCUUCCGCCGAUUGUUGUCGCAUGCUUUCUCCGAUAGCUCACUGCGGGGCCAAGAGCCUAUCAUCAAGACCUAUGUCGAUCUCUUGAUGCAACGUUUGCAAGAGCGGAUCGCAACUGGGAACAACGUCUUCGACUUGAUGACCUGGUACAACUUCACGACGUUCGAUAUAAUCGGUGACCUGGCCUUCGGGGAGUCAUUUGACUGUCUCAAGAACGUGCAAUAUCAUCAGUGGAUAUCUAUCCUUUUCAGCUCUAUCAGGUACGGUGCCUAUUCAAAUGUUGCUCGUCGACUUCCAGGGUCCAGCUACAUCCUUCCCCUCAUUACACCCAAGAAAAUUAUUGCCCAGAGAGACAUGCACGUGGCCUUGACCUCUGAGAAGAUCAAUGGCCGAUUGGCAAAGUCAAAUGAGAGACCCGAUUUCUUUGGGAACAUCUUGAAGCACCAGAAUACCGAAAAGGGAUUCACUGUCCCGGAGAUGAUCUCCAACGGAAGCACAUUGAUCAUUGCAGGUUCCGAAACCACGGCGACUCUGCUUUCUGGCGUGACUUAUCUUCUCCUGAGGAACCCACGUGUACUCGCCAAACUGCAAGAUGAAAUUAGGUCGGCUUUCACGACGGAGGGACAGAUUACCUUGGAAUCUUGCAAUAAGCUAGAAUACUGCCUCGCAGUACUCACCGAGACAUUUCGAAUGUAUCCUCCCGUCCCAGUAGGCUUGCCGCGGAUCGUCGAUGCCCAGGGUGACAUGAUAUCUGGGAAUUGGGUACCAGGAGGUACGGCCGUCUCAGUCUCCCAGUUUUCAGCCAAUCGCUUGUCUACCAACUUCACGGACGCCGAAAGCUUCAUCCCCGAGCGUCAUCUGGACGAUCCGCGAUUUGUGAAUGAUAGCAAAAACGCAAUGCAGCCGUUCAGCUUCGGUCCCAGGAAUUGUAUUGGACGAAACUUGGCGUAUGUCGAAAUGCGCUUGAUUCUUGCCCGUAUGGUCUUCAACUUCGAUAUGGAACUCGAUCAGCCUGGAACCGACUGGAUGGAUCAGAAUUGUUUUACGCUGUGGGAAAAGCCGGGUCUGAUGGUCAAAUUGCACCCGCGUCAGACGGUGGCCACUUGA